AGGAUCUUGCGAUGGACUGACGAAUGCAAAAGAAGUCAUGACGCCUGCAAUCAUCCCUUGCCUGGCCAGCAGAUCAAUAGUCUGCUCCCGAAACGACCUAUGGAUGUCGGGCUAACGGGGCAAUCACAUCUCCGUCUGGUUAUCCUGAAUAACAUCCCUGGCGAGUAUCUUGCGCUCAGUUACUGCUGGGGUAAGACACAUGCCGGCAUGAUCACAACCGAUGACAACUUGGGUCAGAUGCAAGUUGGAGUUGAGCUGGCUUUGUUUUCUCAAACCAUAAAAUAUGCUGUCAAGGUUGCACGCGCAUUGCAUGUCCAAUACUUAUGGGUUGAUGCCCUGUGUAUCAUUCAGCGACAACCAGGUAGCGAAGACUGGAAAGAAGAGUCACAGAAAAUGAGCCAAAUCUAUGGCAAUGCUUAUUUAACAAUUGCUGCCUCGUCAGCUAGCGAUUCCGCGGAGGUUUCCUUCGUCGAGCCAAUGGGACCCCUAAGAGAUUCUUCUACCGGUCAGAGAAAGAUCUACUUCAAAGAACAAAUAGAUAUGCGAGAGGCUUUCGCGGAGGAUGUGGAGAAAGGUUUCCUGUUGAGACGAGCUUCGGUCAAGCAAGAACGGAUCUUGUCUCCUCGUAUCAUAGACUUUUCAGGCAGACAAAUCUACUGGUCUUGUCGAACGUGCAGAUACUCAGAAGCCGGCGAGAAUAAUGCUGAUGGCGCUAGAGAAGCAGCCAACCUCAUGCAUAGCAUGAGAUUAUGGGGUAUCAUCCGUUUGCUUCACGGAAAGCAAAGAGACACGAUGGAGGGAUUCUUUUUCAGAGCUUGGGGAAACUUGAUAGGCGAGUACUCUGUCCUUGGUCUCACGUACGAGAGCGAUAGACUCGCUGCUAUGCAAGGCAUUGCCGCUGUUCUGAGUGAAGUCAUUGGUUGUCGAUACUUCGCAGGAUUGUGGGAGAAUAACCUUGCGGACGGACUAAUGUGG